UAUUAACUUGUUAUUCUACAGUAAUUUCAAUUGAUAUCAUAAUACCUAUAAAUUGAGUCAUUAAUUGAAACGCAUAUUUUUAUAAAAUUUACGCGAUUAAAAUUGUAUUAAAUUUUGAUAAUUAUAUUUAAUAAUAAUCGAUUUCACAUUAUAACCAAAUUAAUAAAAUUUUUUUUUUAUGUGGAAAGGUCAAUCAAUGUAUUUUUAUAUUAACCAAUGUGUAUAAUAAAAUGUUGAUUCUGUGUAAUAUAAUUAAAUAAAUCGACAACAAUUCUGCUUAAAAAAUAAAAUUUAAUUCAUGAACAUUAUCAUAACUCCGCGAAACUGAUUAAUAUUAAAUAAUGUUUAAAUCAAAUCAGGAACCAGACAUACCUGCAGCACUAGGUCUGUUAUCACAUUUAACAAACGAUGAACUGAAGGAAUUAUUAAAUGAUGAUUCAAAAUUUGAAGAUAUUGUAAAAGAUGUAAAGCAGUUUAAGAAUUUAGAAACUGAAAAAGAAUUAUUAAUGGCAAGUAACACAUCUCUGGCAGAGUUUAAUUUAUCAAAACAACCAGAAUUACAAGAGGGUAAACAAAUAUUAAAGGAACUUAGUGAAAAGGGAAGUAGAUUAUGCAUGAGCGUAAAAGAAAAAUUGGAUGAGAUAAAAAAUAAGUCUGGGGAAAUGACUGCUGAUACUGCAUUAGAUUUAUUGCAAACAGCAGCAGCGGAAAUUGAAGAAGAAUCAGAAACCAUAGCUGAAAAAUUUCUGGCUGGAGAUAUGGAAGUAGAUGAAUUUUUAGAACAAUUUUUAUCACGUCGAAAAUUGAUGCAUCUACGUAAAGUUAAAGUAGAUAAAUUGAGAGAGUUAAUAAGAACAUCACAUACUGCUAUUGGUCCUGGAUAUCCAAUAGCUAGUAAUUUUAGAAGUCUAGCUCCUGCUAUUCCUUAUCCAGCUGGACCUGUUUCGAUGCCAAUGCCUGUACCAUCUGGUUUUCCACAUUUUAAACCAUACUAAGUUACAUUUAUUAUAAUACAGCAUUGUAUUCCAAUCAGUUAAGUUUUUAAAUAUUGAAUUUUCUUUAAUGUAUAAGAAACACGUAAUUUUAAUUAACAAUAUUUUUAAGUGAUUAACGCGUAUGAUACAUCAAAAUAUUUGUAACGUUUAAUUAAUAGAUAAUAUAAUUAAGAUAAUUUACAAUUAAUGUAUUAGAUUUUGUAAUGUUAUUGUGAUAUAUUAAAAUAGAUUCGUUUUCUGAAAUAAAUAUGUUAAAAUAUAUAACAUAAACUGUACACGUUUUUGAUAUAGGGGUUAACGCAAUAAACAUGUAAAUGUUAUCAUGUUUCACA